CCGUACGCCAAGAUGCAGAACAGCGAAGGGGAGGUCCGCAGGCGGGUGGAAGAAAUAUACGACUUGAUAAAGGACAUCCGGGACCCGGAAAAGCCGCAAACGCUGGAGGAACUCGGUGUCGUGACCGAAGACGACAUUCGAGUGGACGUGCAGGAGCACUAUAGCCGAGUCAGCGUCACUCUGGUGCCGACGGUCCCACACUGUCACCUGGCCGCAAUCAUAGGGCUCUGUGUUCGAGCAAGACUAGAGAGGGAUCUGCCGUAUACCUUUAAGUUGGACAUCUUCAUUAAAGAAGGCAGCCACACCACAGCGGCUGAACUGAGCAAGCAGAUCAACGACAAGGAGCGGGUGGCUGCCGCCAUGGAGAACAAGAACAUCCGCAAGAUGGUCGACGGCUGCGUCUCGUACGAGGGCUGUUGAUGCCCACCGCUUCUGGUGCACGUUGCUGUAGUAACAAAACGGGAGUUGCUGCCCAGAGGGACGCACAUCUGUAUUGGGAAGUAAACUUGCAGAUAUGGUCAGUGACAGGCAAAGAAACGCAGUGUCAUUACCUUUAUUUAUUGAUUUACAAUACUACUAAUCCCAAUUUGAGUAUUUUUUGUGCCAAACCAACGAAGGGCAUCUGGCCCGCCUUAGUGGAGGACCGAAGAUUAGUUUGGACCACCUCAGUUAGAAGGCAGGCAUGUCGGUCAGGAUUCGAACGCUACUAGUAAUCGCAUUCGGGAUUGUUAUAGGGUGGUACAAACUGAACACAACACAAAAUGACCAAGGAUUUGCUAUGCACACUCUAUGAAAAUUGCACGUUAGUCAACAUCGACAGCUGCGCUUCCAAGUUAAUCAAAAACAAUUCUACGACAAAACUCCAUUCGUUAAUGGCUCGGGGGAGACGGGAACUCUUCCUAAAAGUUUACCGCGAUUACACCUCGUUAAUCGUUUACUAGUAGCGAUUAAAUAAUUUUCUCCGGGAAUAUCGAAGUUCUUCCCCGAUUCGCAUGAUAACUUAAGUCCCACAAUUUGUGCCCCCCCCCCCCCCCCCCCCUUUUUUUAGGGGAAGAUUUAAUUGUUUGCAUAGUUGGGUGGAGGGGUCACGCUCCUCGCUUCACAAUUUGCUCCGCAGCAUUCCCAUUGGCUGCGAGGUGACGAGAUUAUGUCCAGGAGGCUCCGCGCCGAGAGUUUCUGAGGUUCUCAGCAGCUGCAGUUCUCCGAGCGCCCACACUGUGCCUGGAGCGUGUCUCCAACUUGCGUGUUUACCAUGUCCUAAACAGCGGUUUCUCGAUUUCUACCAGACGUCGUGGAAGUGUCGUUCAGUUUCCCGUCGCAACCGGGCCAUUAAACUGCAACGGUGGCCGCUCACAGCCCCUGGAACCAAACCUGGGACGUAUUUUGCCGCCAAGGGAACAAAAUUUGUACGUUCACUGGAUGAGUUUAGGAGGGCACGUCGGUGGAGCUGUAUAUUUUACCGAAAGAGUAAACACGCUGGAUUGUCGGGCACUUUUGUAGAGAGAAUUUUUGCUUACAAUUUGGCGUACGCUGCAGGAUUAACGCCCGUUUUUGUCCAGUUCUCACUGGGACUCUGGCGGUGGCAAGAUGGGGUCGAGAAACCUGCAUGUCGGGCCAAUGGCGCGCUGCCAUAUUUUGUUGGCGUUUGAAUAAAAUGAGCGUCUAAAAAAACUGCCCCUGAAACUUCACUGCACAAAGCAGUCAACGGUAGCUUUUACCAAACAUCCGAGCUGCACUUGAAACUGACGUACGCGCCUCAAAAUUAUCCAACUUACUUUCACUUUGCUUGCGGCUUCUCUUAAGUCCAGAUUCAAAGACACCAGAACUUGUAAUCUGCACACCUUUAUUUACAGGCAAUACUCUUAACACACACACACACAAGUAUCUUCUGAGCAUGGCGAAGACAAGAUAUAGCCAACUGAGCUAAUAAAAAGCUAAUAGCGAAAGACUUCACUCGCGUAAAACGUUCCAAACUGGAAAGAUCUACCCAAAUGCAAACUUCCGCAACUAAGCGAUGGAUACCUUAAUAAAAGUGCACACAACAGACGCCCGGCAACGGCCAUUCCCAAGCCCGUUCAGAAAGCACGCUACGACGAAAACACAAAGAUUGGCUUUGGCCGUUUUUAAGAGUGCAAGGCGUGUACAAUCGCGGCCAAAAGGCUCGACAACAUGCUAGAAAUGCAAGCGGCGAAUGUGGCGCAGAACGGCGUUUAGCGUCCGCCGCCCUGCUCGCCGACUUGCGCGACUAACUCGGUUCAAAGAAAAGUAAGCACGAAAGAAUCUACAAUCCAUGCAUGCCUAUGUACAAAUAUGUCGUCAGUACUUUCUCGAAGGCCGGUUGAACCGUGAAGAGAAACACGUCUGCCAACACGUAAAAAGAAGUUCAUUUUCAGGGCCAUCGCGACAAUAGUAAACAAUCGUUCUAGGCUAAGAGGCUGUUUAUGCGACCCCACCGCCCACGCCUCAUCACCCAUUCCAAAGGAAUAUAGACUGCCUGGCAGUACAAACAGCCAUGACUGCCAAUUGAACCUGCCGCAAUAUUCACAAUUACACUCGGCUUGUGAAAUCUUUUCGGCAGGAGGUACAUUCCCACUGGAGAGGACAUCCUUCAAGUGUCGGAAGUGCACCCAUAAGCACAGGUCUUGAAAUUAUAAAGCGCAAGGGCUAGACAGGACAGCGCUACGCUCACGACUGGGGUUUUAAUAGAAAACUAAGAAAGAGAAGAGAGAAGCGAUAGAAGUUAUACAGAAGACAAAAAGGAAGAAAAUCAAAGAAAUAAAUUUAAGUAGGAGAAUCGUAGCAAAUGUAAUUUUUAAAAAAAUUA